UCCACGCCCAGUUGCCGGUGCACCGGGGCACACGCAGGUGGAAUCCCAGUCAGAGGCCGCACAUGCGCCAUCCGCUAAAAGUACCGUUGAACCCUCUCCAUUAACUCACUCUGCGAGUGGUGGUGGUACUGUCGUUCUUCAACCUGAAGGGUCCUCCACGACGGAUUCCAGCGCCACACAACUGCCUGACACUGUCACGCAACAACAAGACGAUGAACACCAACAUGUAAACGAUUCUGGCAGUGAGGGGGCGGCAAAAACGGUGGAGGCGGCCAGCGAAGGCAAUACAGCGACUGUGGCAGCUGACAGAGCGGGAGGAUCGACAACACCGCCAGCCACCACCAGUCAUGCAACGAAGGCGACGCAUGGCGGCAGUGACGGCAGCACCGCGGCCUCGCACUGCACCUCUCCUCUCGUGCUUCUUCUCUUUGUGUUGGGGUCUGCUGCGAUGGUGGCAGCGUGA